CCUUAUCGCACCUCGUCCAUCAUGAAUCAUCCCCUGAGAAAUUCACAAUUGGAUCCAAUCCACCUCUUCAAAAUUCUAUAUCAUUAUUGAACUUAUGCCGUGAUCACUCUCAAACACCCCACAAUGAACCAAACAACCACCAGCACAAUCCCCACCAACACCACCGCCCCAUCCCGUACCCGCCUCGGUAACAAAGUCCGUCUCAUCUCCUCUCCCCUCAUCCUAAACCCCAUUCCCGUCUCCAUCCCCUCACCCUAUAUAUCGAAACCCCUAACACCCAUCCAGCACGACAUCCACAGCGACGGCUUCAUCCGCCUCGCGCCCAGAACCCACGAUAUUUCUCUUUCCGGAGCACACAUCCCCGACAUCGCUUAUCUGGCGGCUGAUCUCCAGACUGCGGUGAACGCGGGCUGGGCGAAGAGACAUGAGGUUAGGUAUGGGAAGGUUUGGGUGCUGUUGGUGAGGUGGGAGGGGGAUGAUUUGGGGGUUGAGAGGGAGGUGGAGGAUUUGAGGGGGGUGUUUGGUGACUUGUUUAAUUAUGGAGUGGACAUCUUUCAUAUCCCGAAUGAGAAGCCGGAUAAAGCUCUUAAAAGGAGAGUGUUUGACUUUUUGGAACAUGAUGGGGAAGAUACGCUGCUCAUCCUGUAUUAUGCCGGGCAUGCUAGGUCGAGCAAUCAAGCGAACGAGGCUCCAGUCUGGAUUGCCAAUCGCAAGGUUGAUUCACCAUCACUCCCAUCUGGCGGUAUCCAAUCUAUGUUUGAAGAAGCCGACGCUGAUGUCCUCCUCUUGUACGAUUGUUGCAAUUCCGCAGCAACCUCUGCCUUAUCUUCCAAUCAACGACACAAGGGCGUCACAGAAGUCAUUGCAGCAUGUGGAUACGAGACCAUCGCUCCAGAAGUCGGCGAACAUUCGUUUAGCAAUGCUUUGGCUGAAGUACUUGCUGCAGCUUCCAAAAGAAAGCCAUUCUCUGUGGCCGAACUUCACACUAAGAUCCUCACACGACUGAAAUGCUGGACUCCGUCUUUCGUGAAGGAUGAUAAUGGGAAAAGAAAAGAAGACCAUGCUGGGAGACUGCUUUUCGAACGACAGCCGAGACGCACUCCCAUUUAUAGUAUUAUAUGCGAGACUGAGCCGAGAAGGAGUAUCAUUCUAGCUCCGCUGAAGUCCAAUGCAAGGGAAUUUGAGGCAUCGAGCAGUACGCCUAUUCAUCGGUCAACAGGGUCAGUGGGUCCAUCGUCUCCUCGGAUGUAUUCAAGUGCGAACGAGCAUGCAAGAAAACGAAAAAGGCCAGUUGACGAAGUUAAUCAAUAUCCCCAGGUUCUUCUCUCGAUCAGACUAGAUAAACAUGAACUCGACAUUGAAGCAUGGAAGGAGUGUCUUCUACGCCAACUUCCGCCUGAAGCCAAGGAUAUCAAAAUCGAGGGAGUGUUCGGCAGUUUCUCGACCCUACUUCUGUUACGAGUACCACUAGAGAUUUGGGACCUACUCCCAGAGAAUCGAGCUUACAGCUUUGUCGGAUUUGUCACCACGGAGAAUAUGGUGAAUGUGGAGUCCAAAACAAUAGAGUCUGUUGAGCCAGACGAAGCCAACGUGUUUGACUUCUCUCAAAGUUCGGCUUCAGGGAAGCCCUGGGGAAGUAUUCCGUUUCGACCACAGUCUCGUGAGACGACUCCGACUUUUGCGUUUAGCUUCAAUUCGAUGUCGCCGAGAGAGGUCGUGAUAUCUCCUCCUUUGUCAGCUCAAUCAGACGCAUCAUCUCCUUCAUCUACGCGUUCAUUGUCGCCAGUCCCAGAAGAUGUGGAGGUCGAAGAAAGUAUUCCAGACAUGGAAUCUGUGUCGAUCGAAUUUGGCUUCACGAUUGAAGAAGUCCAAGAAGGUGAUAGAGGGAGCUUGAGGAAUUAUGAGACUGUCUGGCCGAGCAGCUACAGCGAUGCCGAAGAAAGUGAGGCCCAAGCUGAGCAAAGCCAAGAUUCUCCUUCUAUUGCAAACUUCCAAAACAUGUCAUUUGGAACCGCCGUCGCCGACAAUGACCAUGAUGAAGAAGAGGAUGAAGAGGAAUUAGCUAACAAAGAAUGGCUUCUCAAAAUGCGUGCCGAAAAACUAGCGAAACGACGCAGUUCUAGCAGCGUAUUCAAGAGAACGCUCUCUGAAAGUAUCGGCAGCGACACUGAUGACGAAGAUGUGCAACCUUUCAAUUUUCUGGAUGCUAACCAGGUGGGAUCGAGCGCGAGGAGGGUGAGGAGAAGGAGGGCCUUGGAGAGGACGAGCUUGGUAUUCGAGGAUCCGCCGGCGAGGAUUGAUGAGAUGGAUGAGCCUGAGUCGGGAGAGGAGAUCGUGGAUAUGGGUGUGGAUGGGAUUGGGAGUGACGGCGGUGGAGCUGAGGAAGGAGGGGUGAGGGAGUGGGGAGAGGAGUUGCCGUUUCAUAUGCAGGAAGAUAACUCUGACGGAGUGUAG